AUGAGCGAUCCAUCAGUUGCUGCCGUUAAUGCUGCAGCGAACGCAUUGGGUAUACAAUUUGCUAGGCCAGAUGUUGCCCAAGGACUUGCUCAAGAUGCUGAAUUCAGAAUUAGUCAAUUAAUACAGCCGAUAGUGUUAUUAAAGCAAAUUACAAACUCAAAGCGAUUAACUUGCGAACAUAUUAAUUCUGUACUUCCGUACUUCCAACAGAACAUACUUUUGGGCUAUUCAGAGCGAGAUGAUUACGACAUUCAACAAAUCACUGCUCCAGAUAAAUCUAUUAUUUAUUUUGCCGAAGAUACAAAAGUUCCUCUACAAAAUAUUACACAAGAAGUACAGAAAGAGCCUCAAAGAGCAAGCCAUUUCAAAUUCCAAUGGAAAAUGGUAAAUGGGGCAAAAUUCGAUGAAGCAGCAAUGAAGAACUCAUUCAAUACCGAUAAGGUUGGCAUGAUCGCUCCGAUAACAAACAUUUUUGCUAACCAAUUCGCUCAAAAUACUGAUUUUUCUACGAAAGCCGAAAACACCAAGCUUUCGCUUCCUGAAGACCUGAUUGACUAUUUCAAUGAUGCUACUGACAUUUUAUCGUCCGAAAACUUCGAUACUCUCGAAUUUGUUUAUCCGAAGCUCCAAACAGACAUUGGAACUGCUCCUUUACUUCCUUUCUUCCUGAAAUACUUCUACGCCGAAAUUGCAGAGUAUCUUGACAAUUCUUCUCGAAUGAUUCCAGUUGCACGGGCAACUCUUGCGUUAGUCAGCAAUACUUACCUCCCGAUAUCAUUAUAUGUCCAUUCAUUCCUCAAAAUCGCGUUUACUUUAUCACAAACAGUCGUUGUUACGAAUAAUUUAAUAAAUGACGAAUGUAUACGACAAACAGCCGGAGAUAUCAUCAUAGCGUUGAUAAAACGUGCUAGUUCGGAAUAUCCUGGCAUCAGAACAGAGAUAUUCAAUCAACUUGUCGGAGUUUCCUUCAAUCCAGAGACAAACUACCCUGCUCUUUACGGAGCUCUCUACACAUUGCUGAAUUUGGAUGAUGAUGCAUUCAGAACAGUCAUUCCGCAUGCAAAAGUCAUCGCGGAAAGAUGUAUUGAAGAUAAUUCGAAUUCAUACGCAGAUGCUACACAUAGAAUGAUCAAAAAUACUAUCAAGAGCUUUAUGAAUAAUCAUACAGCAAUUGAUAAGAAGUUUGCAGAAGUUUUGAAGAAUUUCCCAUGA